GAAGAUCCGGGUGCCUCAGAUGUCGUCCUUGUGCGAUACAGGGCCUCGGUGGUCCCCGUCGAAUUCCCUCCAUAUUCUAUUUACGAAGGGACAGCCUAUGUUGGCCAACUCAGGAAAGUCGUCGCACACUCCCUGCAGACGGACCCCAAAAGAGUCAGGCUAGUGUAUAAGAAGAGCGAUCUCAAACAUGAUGCAUGGCCGCUGCGAAAAUAUGAUAUAAAGCAAAAUAGCGAGGUGGUAGCUAUUAAGGCUGAGGCUCUAAUAGCCAUCUCU